AUGCCCGUGUCCACAGGCACCACCUGGAUGCAGGAGAUCCUGACGCUGCUGUUCAGCCACGGAGACGUCCUCCCGGCCAAGACCAUCCCCAACUGGGAGCGGGCGCCGUGGCUGGAGCAGAUCUACUUCAGGGAGGCCCUGCAGGACAUGCAUGAUACGGCCGCGUGCCGGCUCAUCACCACCCAUCUGCCCGCCCGUGUCCUGGCCCCUGCCCUGCAGCAGAGCAAGGCCAAGAAUCCCAAGGACGUCGCUGUCUCCUUCUACCACUUCCACCGCCUGGCCAAGUUCCUGCCCGACCCUGGCUCCUUCGACACCUUCCUCACGCGGUUCCUCGAGGGCACAGUGCACUAUGGCUCCUGGUUCGACCACGUCAAGGGCUGGCUGGGUCAGCGACAGCUCCUGGACAUCUUCUAUGUCACCUACGAGGAGCUGCACCAG